CUGAGGGCUGCGGCUGAUCGCGGCUGCGGCUGAUCGCGGCUGCGGGCGGGCCGGUGGCAGUGCUCUGCGCUGGGGCGUUGCGUGCUGCUCUCGGCAUCACCGCUGAACCCUCCGUGUGUAAGAAACAGGCCAUUCUGAAGUUUCUACUGAUCCUCAUAUUGCGAUAUUUUCGAAGUUUCUACUGAUUGCUGGAUCACCACAGCUAGAAAAAAAAAGUAACAGAAAGUUUGAAGUCAUGUCUGCAAAACCAAAACUUUACUACUUUGAUGGAAGAGGCAAGAUGGAAUCGAUUCGUUGGUUGUUGGCUGCAGCUGGGGUCGAGUUUGAAGAAGAGUUUUUGGAAACCCGAGACCAGUAUGAGAAACUCCUGCAAAGUGGAUCCCUGCUGUUUCAGCAGGUGCCCAUGGUGGAGAUGGAUGGGAUGAGGAUGGUGCAGACCAGAGCCAUCCUCAGCUACCUUGCAGCAAAGUACAACCUCUAUGGGAAGGACCUGAAGGAAAGAGCCUUGAUUGAUAUGUAUGUUGGAGGAACUGAUGACCUUAUGGGCUUCAUUUUGAUGUUCCCUUUCUUAUCAGCAGAGGAUAAAGAGAAACAACGUGCAUUAAUAGUUGAAAAGGCAACAAGCAGGUAUUUCCCAGUGUAUGAGAAGGUUUUGAAAGACCAUGGGCAAGACUUCCUUGUUGGCAACAAUUUUAGCUGGGCUGAUGUUCAUCUUCUUGAAGCCAUUUUAAUGGUAGAAGAGAAGAAGUCAGAUGUGCUGUCGGGCUUUCCUCAGUUACAGGCAUUUAAAGCAAGGAUAAGCAGCAUCCCCACAAUCAAGAAAUUUCUUGAGCCAGGAAGCCAGAGGAAACCUAUUCCUGAUGAUAAAUAUGUGGAGACUGUCAGGAGAGUUCUCUGCAUGUAUUACAAUAUAAAAGCAAAUUAGCUUGCCUGGUUGCAGGCUGUAAGAGAACUGCCAGACUGCACACGGCCAAUUACACCGUGAAGGAAGGCGAAGGGGUGUUCCAGAGGUGUUUCAAUGGGCAAGAGGUCGUGCCCUCACACAAAAUAAAGUAGGCAGGUAUCUUUUAUAACACUUCAGUACUAGCCUAUUUUCUCCUUCGUUCAUCUUGAGAUUUCUUCUGGUAAUUUUAAGCAAGUGAAAUGGCAGCAAGUACACUGCCUUCCUAGAGACUUUGUGGAAGAGCAAAGGGAAAUGUGAGUUGCUGACUGAUAGCUUCAGUAUGUCAUGCUAUUUCUGAGGACUUUUUUCUAGAUCCAGAUCAGAUUUUUAUAUGAUGAUUGCUUCCAAAGUAGGCCUUUAUUCUUCUAUAAUAUCCCUGUUGGCAAAUGAAACAAGUGGUUUUUAAAGAAUGUAGGAAUGAGGUCUUUCUUUUACAGUUCUACUGGACAUCAGUGACUUGUCUAAAUGUCAACACUGUGCCUUUAUAACUAAGCUGCACUUCUAUUACCGAAUUAGGAAAUAAACUGACAAAUGUUUUUGUUUAACUGCUGUAUCUAGAGAACCUGCACUAAUCAAAUAAACUUUUUAUAUAGUCACA